CCCGAGAAGCAUCAAAAUUAUCCACGAUGAUUACCCUCAUCAACAGUUUGCUUGUCCUCGCAUGUUUUGCCCUUGCCUAUGUGCUCCACGCCAAGCCAUUGCUCAACAACAGAACAACAUACAUCUUUGCGUGGAGCAUGUUAUCGAUCAUUCUCUUCUGCCUCUGCCCUUUUCUCAGCGAGAUGUUUCUCAUCAUGACACCCUGGACUGUUUAUUUUACUAUUGGACAGCUUUGCCUUAUGAUCUGGGAUGGUAUAGAAAUGCGCUUAUUUGAGCUCUAUUGGUGGUUCCAGGACAUGGGUAUGUGGAUGGAUCCGAUGCAAUUCUAGAUUGAUACUGCUGGUCAGUUCAUUUUGUUCCGCGAUAUGCUCGACUGAUCGACUGCCACAAUUUUCUGCGAGGUAGAUUUAUUAUGGCAGGACUUGGCUACCAAGCACCCCAGCCUCCCAGCCACUUCCUUCUUUCCAACCUCAGCAAACUUCGCCAAGAUGAUUUCAAUGAUAAUUUCUAC